AUGAAGCGCAGGAAUACCCAAGUCCUAUGCCUUCAGGAGACCCGCUGGAAAGGAGCAGAGGCCAGGGAAAUCGGAGAGGGUGUCAAACUCUACUACAAUCGGGUUGACAACAAACGAAAUGUUGUGGCCGUAGCAGUGGCGGAGUCUCUCAAAGACACCGUUUCCGCUGUCAGCAGGAUCAGCAGUAGAAUAAUGGCGGUAGGAAUGGACACGAAAGAGGAGUACUGCUCAAUUACAUCCGUCUACGUACCACAAGCCGGCUGCUCCGAGCGCGAAGAAGAUAAGUUCUAUGUGAGCCUUGACGAUGCCAUCAGAUCAGUUUCGGGGACUAACUCCCAUGGUGGUGAUCUGAAUCGGCACUGA